AUGGCUGUUCGUACCCAAUUCCAAAGUAGCAAUGAUAUUGGAGUAUUUUCUCGCUUAACUAAUUCAUAUUGUCUUGUGGGUAUUGGUGGAUCAGAAAACUUUUAUUCAACAUUCGAAAGUGAAUUAAGAGAUCACAUACCAGUUAUUCAUACAUCAAUCGGCGAUACUCGUAUUGUUGGCCGAUUAACUAUUGGUAAUUGUCAUGGCCUACUCGUUCCAAGUUCAACAACUGAUCAAGAAUUACAACAUAUUCGAAAUUCAUUACCAGACUCUGUACGUUUGCGUCGUUGUGAAGAACGUUUAUCAGCACUCGGAAAUGUUAUUGCGUGUAAUGAUUAUGUUGCUUUAAUUCAUCCUGAUUUAGAUAAAGAAACUGAGGAAUUAUUAUCUAAUACUCU